UCGAUGUAACGGUGUAUUGGUAUGUUUUACAGGGUUUGACGAACAAAAAUAGUCCCCACGAGCGUCGCAACGCGUUAGCACGCACUUCCUGCCUUUUAGUGAUUAUCCCGGUGCAAAAUGAUCCCGUUAGAUCACGGUCCGUGAAUUGUGAUCGCGUGUGAAACAAUUUUGAGGUUAGAUUCGCGUUGAUUGCUGCGAUUCAUGCGUGUGACAGCCAAAAGGUGUGACAAUUUUGUUUCGCGGUUCGCGGCUACUACGACGUCUCUCAGGUGUUCGGGCGCGGUGGGGUGGUGUGUGCGUGUGUUGGGUGGUAAAAGAGAGUGCGACAGAGACGGAACAGGUUUGGUGGUCAGAACGGCGCAGGACGAUAAUCAGCUGCAGCUGCAACUACUGUGUGGGGAAGAAGACAAGAGUAUCGAACUCGCGCAAUAAGAAGAAGGCAUCGGAUUGGACGACGGUCGUCGUGCCAUUUUGCUUCAACACUACUUCAUUGUUGAAAGUCGUCUGAUUUGGAGAGAUUGCGCUAGCUACAAAUUACGCCAGUGGUGCUGAAAUACGAAAGCGCAGAAGGGUAGAAGUCUUGCCGAAAAUGCAGGGACAGGUUCCGGGCGGCACCCAGGCCGUCGUACAGCCUCAGGCAUCCCAGCAGGGAGGGCCCCAGACGGUGGUCAUCCAGCAGCAGCAGCCGCCACAGACCGUUGUCCAGGUCGUCCAGCAGCAGCAGCAGCAAGUUGUCCAGAACAAUGCUAAAAUCGAUCAGGCCCAGCAGUUGUCGUCAGUCGGCCUGCUCGAGCUGGCCCAUCGCGAGUACCAGGCGGUGGACUACGAAAACGCCGAACGUCACUGCAUGCAGCUGUGGCGCCAGGAGAGCAACAACACCGGCGUGCUGCUGCUGCUGUCCUCGAUUCACUUCCAGUGUCGCCGGCUGGACAAGUCGGCCCAGUUCUCGACGCUGGCCAUCAAGCAGAACCCGCUGCUCGCGGAAGCCUACAGCAAUCUGGGCAACGUGUACAAGGAGCGCGGCCAGCUGCAGGAAGCCCUAGAAAACUACCGCCACGCCGUCCGCCUGAAGCCGGACUUUAUCGAUGGAUACAUCAACCUGGCCGCGGCACUAGUAGCCGCCCGCGACAUGGAGCAGGCGGUCCAGGCGUACGUGACCGCGCUGCAGUACAAUCCGGAUCUCUACUGCGUCCGGAGCGACUUGGGUAACCUGCUGAAGGCGCUGGGCAGACUGGACGAGGCCAAGGCAUGCUACCUGAAGGCCAUCGAAACCCGGCCGGACUUUGCCGUGGCCUGGAGCAACCUGGGCUGCGUGUUCAACGCCCAGGGCGAGAUCUGGCUGGCGAUCCACCACUUUGAGAAGGCCGUCGCGCUCGAUCCGAACUUCCUGGACGCGUACAUCAACCUCGGAAACGUGCUGAAGGAGGCCCGGAUCUUCGAUCGAGCCGUAGCGGCCUACCUGCGCGCCCUGAACCUGUCGCCGUACAAUGCGGUCGUGCACGGCAACCUGGCCUGCGUGUACUACGAGCAGGGCCUCAUCGAUCUGGCCAUCGACACGUACCGGCGGGCGAUCGAGCUGCAGCCCAACUUCCCCGACGCGUACUGCAACCUGGCGAACGCCCUCAAGGAGAAGGGUCAGGUCCAGGAGGCGGAAGAUUGCUACAACACGGCGCUGCGCCUGUGCCCGAACCACGCCGAUUCGCUGAACAAUCUGGCCAACAUUAAGCGCGAGCAGGGCUACAUCGAGGAAGCCACCCGGCUGUACUUGAAAGCGCUGGAGGUGUUCCCCGAAUUUGCGGCGGCGCACUCGAAUCUGGCGUCGGUUCUGCAGCAGCAGGGUAAGCUGAACGAGGCGCUGUUGCAUUACAAGGAGGCGAUUCGCAUCCAGCCGACCUUUGCCGAUGCGUACUCGAACAUGGGCAAUACGUUGAAGGAGAUGCAGGACGUGGCCGGGGCACUUCAGUGCUACACCCGGGCCAUUCAGAUUAAUCCGGCGUUUGCCGAUGCGCACAGCAAUCUGGCGAGUAUUCACAAGGAUUCCGGCAAUAUUCCGGAUGCCAUUCAGUCGUACAGGACGGCUCUGAAACUGAAGCCGGACUUCCCAGAUGCUUACUGCAAUCUGGCCCACUGUCUGCAGAUCGUCUGCGAUUGGACAGAUUACGAGGCUCGUAUGAAGAAGCUGGUUGCGAUCGUGGCCGAUCAGUUGGACAAGAACCGGCUACCGUCGGUUCAUCCGCAUCACUCGAUGCUGUACCCAUUGUCACACGACUUCCGUAAGGCCAUCGCCGCUCGGCACGCAAAUCUCUGCUUGGAGAAGAUCAACAUCCUCCACAAGCCACCGUACAAAUUCACGCGGGAACUCACCGGCCGGCUGCGAAUCGGCUACGUCAGCAGCGACUUUGGAAACCAUCCGACGUCCCACUUGAUGCAGUCGAUCCCCGGAAUGCACGACCGCUCGAAGGUUGAGGUAUUCUGCUAUGCGCUCAGUCCCGACGAUGGAACCACGUUCCGGAGCAAGAUUUCCCGCGAAACGGAACACUUUAUCGAGCUGUCACAGAUUCCUUGCAAUGGAAAGGCCGCCGAUCGGAUCCACGCCGAUGGAAUUCACAUCUUGGUCAACAUGAACGGCUAUACCAAGGGAGCUCGGAACGAGAUCUUCGCCCUGCGACCUGCACCCAUUCAGGUUAUGUGGCUGGGAUAUCCAGGUACGAGUGGAGCCAGCUUCAUGGACUAUAUCGUCACAGACUCGGUCACCUCGCCGAUAGAACUAGUCGAUCAGUACAGCGAGAAGCUCGCGUACAUGCCACACACAUACUUCAUCGGUGACCACCGGCAAAUGUUCCCCCAUCUGAAGGAACGGGUCAUCGUGAGCGGAAAGUCGCAAUCCAACCAGCUGGUGGACAACGUAGCCGUCAUCAACGCGACCGACCUGUCCCCACUGGUAGAGAACACCGACGUCAAAACGGUCCGCGAAGUCGUCCACGCCAACAAAACCGUCGAAAUCCAGCACAAGAUCGUUGAACUCCCCACGACAACCCCAGUCGAAACGAUGAUCGCAUCCGGUCAGAUCCAAACCUCGCUCAACGGAGUCGUCGUCCAGAAUGGCCUCGCCACUACGCAAACCAACAACAAGGCAGCCACCGGCGAGGAAGUCCCCCAGAACAUCGUGGUCACGACCCGGCAACAGUACGGCCUGCCAGACGACGCCGUCAUCUACUGCAACUUCAACCAACUGUACAAAAUCGACCCGCACACGCUGACCUCGUGGUGCAACAUCCUGAAGCACGUGCCCAACGCCGUUCUCUGGCUGCUCCGCUUCCCCGCAGUCGGCGAAGCCAACAUCCAAGCAGCGGCCCAACAGCUCGGCGUCGCGCCCGGCCGGAUAAUCUUCUCCAACGUGGCCGCCAAAGAGGAGCACGUGCGCCGUGGCCAACUGGCCGACGUGUGUCUCGACACGCCGCUGUGCAACGGCCACACCACCUCCAUGGACGUGCUCUGGACGGGAACGCCCGUGGUGACGCUACCCGCUGAAACGCUGGCCUCACGAGUGGCCGCCUCGCAGCUGGCCACGCUCGGCUGUCCGGAGCUGAUUGCGCGCAGCCGCCAGGAGUACCAGGACAUUGCCAUCAAGCUGGGCACGGACAAGGAGUACCUGCGGGCGAUACGGGCCAAGGUGUGGGUGGCGCGCUGCGAGAGCCCCCUCUUCGACUGCAAACAGUACGCCCAGGGCCUGGAGACGCUGUUCUACAAGAUGUGGGAGCGGUUCGGCCGCGGCGAGCAGCCCGAUCACAUUUCCGCCAAAGACGGGGCGCUGACGAGUGCGUCCAAGUAAAACAUAGUCACACACACAGAGAUCGCAACACAAAACUACUAAACGCAGCCAGAGAUAAACCGUAGAUUUGUAGGGGAACAAUUUUUACCUUCUAAAAAUUGUGAAUUUUCUUAGUGUAUAAGAGUUCUAUUUUUGAUUGAACGGAAAUUGCAUCCUUAUAAGUGGGAUCGGCACGACAAAAUUCCAGGAAAAACUGAAAUUAAAACACAACACCCUCGUUGCUUUUGAGUUGUUUUAAUUUGAUUAAAUUAUUUUAUUGCAAACCAAUUUACAGCUGGUAAGGAAUUGUAAAAAGUUUAAUCUACGCGUUGACACGCGGUUUGUUAGGAGUAAGUAAAUUCUAGUGAUAUUUAACUUUGCUAACAGGUAGUUUUAGAGAUGUAGAUGUGCUUUACUUUUAAUAUAAAAUUUGCUCUGAAAUUUAUUUUUGAUUCACGACACCCUUUAAACUAUCAGCAACCAAACACACUUUAGUUCAAUUAUCUAUACGAUGUAGGUGGCGCCACCUUUUCGCCAGUUACUGGUUGCAUUUCGGUAAUUGUGCGCAUUGCGACCAAACAAACCGUGAAUAGUUUACGCGUGUGCGUACCCGCAUAUGCCGUAGAGAGUUCUACCAAAUGGGUUGGCAUAAUUUUGACAAACAUGUAAACAGAUUAAAACGCCGAUGGAACAGCUGAAAAAAUCUUCGAACGGCCUGUUUCGAUGAGGCAAUAAUAUUUCUUGUACAUAUAUUUUUGCUAUAGGUUUAGUGAAAAUCAACAUAAAACUUAUAUUUUCCGAGGAUUAUAGACACAUUCGUGGAUGUAAUAUUACCGAAUAAAUUCAUGUUACUUAAUA